AACCCAACUACACUGCCACCUGUCUCGGAACUCUGCUCUCUCUAUUCACGCAUCUGGUUCCUGUUUUUAUUCUUUGCCCACUUGUUGUUGAUCCUAUCUUUUCCGUCUCAACAUGACACGAACUUAUAAGAGGCUUUUGGGCGCACGCCCUCUCUCCCGCUAAGAUGGGUGACCCUUCAGUUCACCUUUUUUGCUGCUCUUCUUCCAUAUCCCUCUUCUCUGUUUCUCUUUUCCCUGCCCUCCUCUACCUUUGCUGUCAGCCUUUUUUUCAUCCCAUCUCAUAUUCUUCGUGUCUUCUCCCUUUAUCUUCUAGAAGACAUCAGACUUCUGAAUGGACAAAGUCGAGCUGGCUGUUGCUGAACCUACCCGCCAAGGUAUAACAUGGCAAGCCGGCCCGACCACAGUCCAGGACGAGGAGUCAGGGCAGCCGAGGGGCCGGCCGGGCACUGGCGCAUCGAGGCGGAGGUCGCUCUCUGCACAUAGCGUGCGCUCUAGGUCUAUCGAUGCUUCUGCCACAAUCCCAAUCCAGUACCGUACGCUCUCUAUAGACGUACAGGAGGCGCAGACUCGGACCAAUGCCGAGAGGAAGAAGGAUGCCGUGACACAAGAUCUCGCGGACAUUGACUGGCACACGUUGGAUAUUGACAUCCUCGCCCGGUCUCUUACAACCUCAUUGAAGGAUGGACUUUCCGCUGAGCAGGCAGAGCGCCGCAUCAAACAGCAUGGAAAGAAUGUGCCAUCCCCUCCGGAGACCCAUCAUUUCAGGGAUAUCAUGGGCUACCUUUUCAAGGGGUUCGGUCCAGUCCUGCUAGUGGGUGCCAUUCUUGUUUUCAUCGCAUGGAAGCCACUUGGAGACCCUCCACAGACCGCCAACUUGGCCCUGGCCAUCGUCUUGCUCGCCGUCUUCUUCAUCCAGGCCGCUUUCAAUAUGUGGCAGGACUGGUCCUCGUCCCGCGUCAUGGCUUCCAUCAAGACAAUGUUACCUGACGAGUGCAUGGUCCUCAGAGACGGCGUUCAAGUCAACAUGUUCGCUGCAGACAUUGUUCCUGGCGACAUCUUGGUUAUCAAGGCCGGCAACAAGCUACCCGCCGACGUGCGCUUCUGCGAGGUCUCUUCUGACGCCAAGUUUGACCGGUCAAUUCUUACAGGCGAGUCACUUCCUCUGCCGGCCACGGUCGAGACGACGGACGCCAACUACCUGGAGACGCGGUGUAUCGGACUUCAGGGCACGCACUGCGUCAGCGGGACGUGCCAUGGCAUCGUCGUCGCCACUGGCAACAAGACCGUCUUUGGCCGGAUCGCCAAGCUGACCAACGAGCCCAAGAAGGGUAUGACGACGCUCGAGCGCGAAGUGCUCAACUUUGUAUGGAUCAUCUGCUCCAUCAUGGUGCUCAUGGUUGUUCUCGUCAUCAUCCUCUGGGCGACUUGGCUUCGGAAGGAACACCCAGGCUGGAUCAGCGUCUCUGGUCUGAUUGUCAGCUGCGUGUCUGUUGCUGUUGCUUUUAUUCCUGAAGGCCUUCCUGUGGCCUUGACAGCCAGCUUGACCAUCAGUGCCAACAUGAUGCGCAAGAACAAGGUUCUGUGCAAGUCGUUGAAGACGGUCGAGACGUUGGGUGCUGUGUCUGUCAUUUGUUCUGAUAAGACAGGAACGCUUACUGGGAACAAAAUGGUUGUCACCGACUGUGCCCUUGGAGGCCAAACUCACACGAUCGAAGAAGCCCAUGAGCUCCUCCAGGGAAGCCGAAGCAACGACUCGGAAGAGUGCCUAGCCGGCAGUGCCAUAGACCAGCUCCGCACCAUUUCCGCCCUCUGCAACGCAGGAGAGUUCGACGCCGCCACGCGCAACCUGCCUCUGGAGAACCGGCGAAUCAACGGCGAUGCCACGGAUCAGGCCAUCCUACGGUUCGCAGAAACCAUGGGCUCCGCCAUGGCGACGCGUCGCUGCUGGCAGACGCGUUUCGACCUGGCAUUCAACAGCAAGAACAAGUUCAUGAUCCGUGUGCUGAGCAACUCGGACCCCAACGGCUUGGCAGACGCCCUUUCCGCUGACACCGUCUCCGUCUUUGAGCCGGGCGAUCUCCUCCUGACCAUCAAGGGUGCCCCUGACGUCCUGCUCGGCCGCUGCACCAAGUACGUAGGCAGCAGUGGCGCCACCCUCAAUCUCUCUCCCGCCGCCAGGGACGAGGUCGAAAGGAUCAAGAACGAGUGGUCAGCACGUGGACGCCGCGUGCUGCUGCUGGCACGCAAGGUCCUAUCCAGGGGCUGGGUCAAGAACAGCCCGUCGUCGCCCGCUUUCGAGCGCGAGGCCAUGGAUGUCGCUUCAUCUGGCUUGACCCUGGUCGGGCUCGUCGCCAUCGCUGACCCGCCGCGUCCCGAGAUCCCAGGCGUCGUCAAAACGCUGAGGGGCGCGGGCAUCCGGAUAUUCAUGGUGACGGGUGACUUUGCCCUCACAGCCCAGGCCAUCGCGCGUGAGUGCGGCAUCAUCACGAACCCGGAUAGUGCCGUCCACGACGUCUCGGCACUGUCGCGCGGGGUCAACGAGCCUGCGAGCAAGGACGCCCACAGCUACGACACGCCGCCCUCCAACAAGUCCAUCGUCAUCUCUGGCGCCGACAUGGCCGGCAUGCUGUCAAACCAGUGGGACGAGCUGGCGGCCGAGUACAGCGAGGUCGUCUUUGCGCGCACGACGCCCGAGCAGAAGCUCCGCAUCGUCCGUGAGCUCCAAUCCCGCCACCACAUUGUCGGCAUGACGGGCGAUGGUGUCAACGACGCCCCGGCCCUGCGUGCUGCUGACGUCGGCAUUGCGAUUGGCGGCGGGUCUGAUAUCGCUGCCGAGGCCGCCGACAUGGUGCUGCUCGAAUCGUUUGGCAGCGUGGUCGAGGCGGUACGCUAUGGACGAACGACGUUUGACAACCUGAAGAAGACGAUUGCCUACCUGUUGCCUGCGGGCAGCUUCAGCGAGUUCUGGCCCGUCAUGACCAAUGUCAUGUUUGGACUGCCGCAGAUUCUGAGCAGUUUCUUGAUGAUUAUCAUCUGUUGCUUCACCGACUGCCUUGCCGGCAUCGCCAUGGCCUACGAAGCCCCUGAAGCCGACGUGCUCAUGCGCCCCCCACGCAGAGUCGGCGUCGACCACCUCGUCGACUGGAAACUCGUUGUGCACAGCUACGGUGUAGUCGGACUGAUGGAGACGGUUGUUUCCUUUGCCAUGUCGUACUGGUACCUGGAGCGGCAAGGGAUUGCCUUUUCGAGCCUAUGGUUCGGUUUCGGAAAUCUUCCCGAGGGAAUCGACCAGGACUUUUACGAACACCAGCUGAAUGUGGCGAGCUCGAUAUACUUUGUCACCCUUGUCGUCAUGCAAUGGUUCAACCUUCUCGCCAUGCGGACGCGGCGGCUAUCCAUCUUUCAGCACCUCCCCUUCUUCAACAAGGACUCGCAGAAUCUCUGGAUCGUGCCCGCUGUGCUCUUCUCGCUCGUCAUGGCAUUCUUCUGGUUGUACAUCCCAGCCCUGCAGGUCACGCUCGGUACCACGGCCGUGCCCGUCGAGUACUGGUUUCUGCCCAUGGCGUUUGGCCUUGCGCUGCUGCUUUUCGACGAGGGCCGCAAGUAUGCCGUCAGGGCAUGGCCCAAGGGUGUUGCUGCCAAGAUGGCUUGGUAGCAAUUUGAUCGGAAGAUGGGUGACAUGCGUUGGGUACCCAGAUGCGUGAGACAUUAGACCGGGUGGAUUUCUUUUUGUUAUUUAUUUGUGCUUAGCGGGCGGUCAAGCGUUGAUAUCUUAAUUGAAUUUCGUGAAAUGAAAAAAAAAAAAAAAAAAAAAA